AUGGUUUUUGGUUUUACAAUGUUGAAGUCGUCCGUGCUAUUUACUGCGUUGCUGGCAGCCAUAUUGGUGGAGGCGAUAGAUGUUUCUAGGGAAAAGGUUCCAUAUGUAGUGUCAAUCAAAGAGGCAGACGAACACAUUUGUAGUGGUACAAUAUUACGUGGCAAUUGGGUUUUAACAUCUCCGCAAUUUGUUUAUGAUAAACAACCAAAGGAUCUGCUUGUUGUGACGGGGACGGUUGACAAAACAGAUUCAAAGGCUUUAAGUGUUCAUGUAAAGAAAAUAGAAGUUCACCCGAACUACGAUUAUAUGAAUUUCGCAUAUUCCUUAGCACUUUUGAAGACUAAAGAGGAUAUAUCGUACAGCAAACUCGUGAUGCCGAUUGAUCUUCCCACAGCUCCAACUAAAAUUGCUGAUAAUUUAUUUGCACUAGGAUGGAAGCUUAAAGGGAAUCUGCUCUUACAAAGUACUGUCCCUACAUCCAACUGGAGGAUAACGAAGGACAUUUCGAACGACACGCUCGAACAUGCGGAAGGAAAAGUAAAUGAAGCGUUGGUAGACCGCGGCGAAGGUGGUAGGAUGAUCUCGUUGAUGUCGCGGACGAAUAGUAGCUGA